UGAGGCGGCGGCAAGAUGGCGGCGGCGGCAGCUGGAAGUGGGGGGAGCCCUGCGCUGUCCUCGGGAGGGGAAGAGCCACCAGCGGGCCCCGAGUCGCCGGCAGAGGAGGCGGUGUCAGCGGGGCCGAGCGCGGGGUUCCGGCUGACGGCGGUGCGGAGGGAGCCGGCCGUGCGGCUGCAGCACGGCGUGAGCGGGCUGGAGCCGCUGGCCUGGUCUGAGGACCACCGGGUGUCGGUGAGCACGGCCCGGAGCAUCGCCGUGCUGGAGCAGCUCAGCGACAUUCACAGCGGCGGGCAGGAGCUGGUCAUCCACCGCACGGCCGUGCCCGCGCCCGCCGCGGGCUGCCUGCUCAAGGUUGGUUCAAAAAAGGAGGUUGCAGAAUGUAAGGAAAAGUUUGCAAACUCUAAGGAUCCAACAGUUAGUCAAACCUUUAUGCUAGAUAGAGUAUUCAACCCUGAAGGAAAGUCACUACCACCUAUGCGAGGAUUCAAAUAUUCCAGCUGGUCUCCGCUGGGCUGUGAUGCUAAUGGAAGAUGCCUUCUAGCAGCUCUAACUAUGGACAAUAGAUUAACCAUCCAUGCUAAUCUCAACAGACUACAGUGGGUGCAGCUGGUUGAUCUGACAGAAAUUUAUGGGGAGCGUCUGUAUGAAACCAGUUACAAACUUUCUAAGGUUGAGACCCCCAGAGGAGAACUAGGGGACUUUGCAGAAUUUCAGAGACGACAUAGCAUGCAGACUCCAGUCCGUAUGGAGUGGUCAGGUAUCUGCACCACCCAGCAGGUGAAACACAACAAUGAAUGCCGAGAUGUUGGCAGUGUGCUCCUAGCCGUACUCUUUGAAAACGGAAACAUUGCUGCUUGGCAAUUUCAGCUUCCUUUUGUGGGUAAGGAAUCCAUCACUUCUUGCAAUACCAUAGAGUCAGGAAUAAAUUCCCCUAGCGUCUUGUCUUGGUGGGAAUACGAACACAACAACCGAAAGAUGAGUGGACUCAUUGUAGGGAGUGCUUUUGGACCGGUUAAAAUCCUUCCUGUCAACUUAAAAGCAGUUAAAGGCUACUUCACACUCAGGCAACCUGUUGUCUUAUGGCAAGAAAUGGACCAGUUGCCAGUACACAGUAUCAAAUGUAUUCCUCUCUACCAUCCUUACCAGAAAUGUAGCUGUAGCUUAGUGGUGGCUGCAAGAGGGUCUUAUGUGUUUUGGUGUCUUCUCUUGAUAUCCAAAGCAGGUCUGAAUGUCCAUAAUUCCCAUGUGACAGGGCUUCACUCUUUACCAAUUGUAUCCAUGACUGCGGAUAAACAGAAUGGCACAGUAUACACUUGCUCAAGUGACGGAAAGGUAAGGCAACUCAUUCCCAUCUUCACAGAUGUUGCAUUAAAGUUUGAGCAUCAGCUUAUUAAGCUGUCUGAAGUGUUUGGCUCUGUGCGGACUCACGGGAUAGCUGUAAGCCCAUGUGGCGCAUACCUAGCAGUUAUUACAACCGAGGGCAUGACCAAUGGCCUUCACCCUGUAAACAAAAACUAUCAAGUUCAGUUUGUAACUCUCAAAACAUUUGAGGAGGCAGCUGCUCAGCUCUUGGAGUCUUCUGUGCAAAAUCUUUUUAGACAAGUGGACCUGACAGACCUUGUGCGCUGGAAGAUUUUGAAGGAUAAGCAUAUCCCUCAAUUCUUACAAGAAGCCUUGGAUAAAAAGAUUGAGAGCUGUGGAUCCACUUACUUUUGGCGUUUUAAGCUAUUCCUUUUGAGAAUUUUGUACCAGUCAAUGCAGAAAACUCCCUCUGAGGUGAUGUGGAGGCCUUCGCAUGAGGACACAAAAGUAUUAAUAUCGGAUUCCCCUGGAAUGGGCAGUACUGAGGAUGAUCAUCAAGAAGAGGGAACUUCAAAACAGGCCAGCAAGCAGAGUUUGUGUGAAGUGAGCAAAGGAACAGACCCAGAUGACCCAGCAGAUGACACUCUUGCCCACUCAAGUGACGUAGGAGGACAUGAGCCAAUGGAAGAGAAGCUCCUUGAAAUACAGGCACGAAUUGAAGCAGUAGAAAUGCACUUGACACGGGAACACAUGAAGCGGGUGUUGGGAGAAGUUUACUUGCAUACAUGGAUUACAGAGAACACCAGCAUUCCUACCAGAGGAGUCUGUGAUUUCUUAAUGUCUGAUGAAGGCUAUGAUGACAGAACAGCACGAGUGCUGAUUGGACAUAUCUUAAAGAAAAUGAACAAACAGACUUUCCCAGAGCACUGCAGCUUGUGUAAAGAGAUCCUGCCAUUCACAGAUCGCAAACAGGCGGUCUGCUCCAACGGCCACAUUUGGCUCAGGUGCUUUUUAACCUACCAGUCCUGCCAGAGUUUGGUAUACAGAAGGUGUCUGCUUCAUGACAGCAUUGCACGGCAUCCAACCCCAGAAGAUCCUGAAUGGAUCAAGAGGUUAUUGCAAGGACCUUGUACUUUCUGUGAUUCUCCUGUGUUCUAGAGAAAGCUGUGGGAAGCUUGAAGACAUUUUCUCUACUGCAUAAAACUCCAUUCAGCCUGGAAGGCGGCAGAAGGUGCAGGAGUAUAUCCAUUUUACUGAAGGAAGAAGACACUGUUCCUAAUCCUGUAAAUAGAACACUUGAAGUUCAAAAAGCUCAGUAGUGUAGUGACCCAUUUCAUACUCCAGAAACGAGAGCAUCUUCUGAAUACCUAGCACAAUGGAGUUUAUGGAACAAUUUUGAGGCAACCACGGACCCUGUUAAAGCAUCAGCAUUUGAUUGGAUACAUUUCCUUUUAUUGAAAGAUCAGAAAUCUGAGAAGCAGGCAGCCUGAACUCGGUCUCUGGUGAAAACUGGAUGCUUUUCUCAAGGGUGAGAGCAUCCCAAUCAGGCAGAAUGCAGGAGGCACUUCUUGAACAGUCUUGGUGGGAAGAGAGGGCUUCAGUCUGCAGUGCUCCUGUUUCUUUGCUUAAUCAGUACUGGCACUCACUGUACCACAGAAUAUUAAACUAUCAGAAAUAAUGUGUGAUUCUAAUAUUUCUUAAGUGACCUGCAUGUCAGUUUUAGCCACUUGAUAGAAGUCAGCCACUGCAUUAGAUCUUUCACUCCAUAACUAGCAAAAUUAUUCCUGGUAUUUCUCAGGGUUUGGGGAAAAAAUUGCAGUCAGAAAGCUAAAAUCGGCAGCUUGUGCCAAAUAUGGAUCAAUAAGAGGAAGUUUUUAAAUCCUAAUGGUUAUAAGUAAACAAUAUUAGCAUUUAGAUAUUCCAUGUCAGAGACCCAACUCUAAAAUGUAUAAUGUCUAGUACUCAAAUCUCCUUGUUCUUUUCUGAAAUAAGUUUUAACCAUUUACCACACUUGUGCCAACACCUGAUCUCUUCA